CUUUACAUUUAUUGCUCCGAGAAAAUUACUCAUCGGAAGACUCUGGCCGCAUCUAAACGUUGACAAUGCCCAAGCCAAAGUCUUUCCUCAAGGACACCAAGCCUAAUAAGAAAAAGGCGACACAGCGGGCCCCGGAAACUGCAGAUGAAUACCUAGCCCUCGGUGUCGAACAGGAAGAGGCCGGAGAGAAAUGGCGCGCCGGAGAUGCAGCCAAAUCCCUGCGCUUCUUCAUGCGCGCCAUCAAUACCUAUGACGAAGGCUUGAGCAAACAUCCCACUGCUUUUGACCUGGCUUAUAACAAAGCGAGAGUUCAGUAUGAAAUCACACAACAUCCCAGGCUAGCUGCUCAGCUGUCUGCGCCGCUAUUGGAUGUACUGCGAGUAGCGCUUGAUUCUCACAGAGCAGCGCUUGACCUGGAGCAAGACAAUGCAGAUGCGCUCUUCAACACAGCCCAAGUACUCACCAGCAUUGCCGAGGCUUUGACCGAAGCCAAACGUCCAUCGGAUGACCGGCUCUCCCAGGCAGUGAAGCUUUUGCAAGAAGCCAUAGAACUCUUUCAACGUUGCCUAACUGUACAGGAACUCAAGUACACCGAAAUGCAGGAGCAGAUCAACCAGAUGACGUCCGGCGAAACAGACCCUGCUGAAACGCAGAUGCAAGAUACACCGCCAGAACUGCCACCUGCGGACGAUUCGAAAUCUUCAGAUCAGCAAGAGCAAUGGGCUGCCAUUGUUGAGCCCGUGACCAAGGACACACUCGUCGACACUGCUGUGGCACAACUGGAUGCCAUCACAAGCCUCUGUAACCUACUCACGUUUAAUCCUGAAGUAGGAGUCACUUGGGUAGAAGAGUAUUCAUCCGAGCAGCUGCAGAAACGAAUCUCAGCAUAUGUCGAGGGGUCAAACAGGCACUACGAGGCCACCCUGGCUCGUGCCAAGUUCGCCUGCGCCCUGAAUGAAGUUCUAUACAGAAGCGGACGGACUGAAGUUGGAACAUACUCCGAAGAAGUCUCGCGAGCUUUCGGUCCUGAGCUGGAUCUAUCAAACGAUCCGGAUGGCUUGUGCAGCAAAGCCGAUGCGCUCACUUCUUUCAACACGGCGCUCACAGAUCUCCCUCCGUAUGAGCCGGAGGCCUUUGGGAAAGCGCUGUCUCUUCGAUGGCAAUCACUGUCCGCUGCCUUGGACGCACUGAGCAAAGCGUCCAAACUCCCCACUGCUGAAAACUUGCCAAAGAUUCAUCUGGCAAGAGGAGACGUGGAGAUGGGUAGGUGGAGGCUUGGCUUGGCUCCAUGGGACUAUAACAUGGCCCGAGAUAACGCAGCUACACUGUUGCGCAACGCCCAGACUUAUUACCGCGGUGCAGCAGCCUUGGCGAAGAGGGACGGUGCUGCGGACGAGGAACGAGACGGAACCUGCAAGGAGGCCAUCGCUGCUGCACUGGCAGGCCAAAAGGACAAACUCCAACAGCUUCGCAGAGCUGCGCCCAAGGAGCUGAUGCUCGUUGCGGAGGAUGUGGUCGAAGAGGGAUGGAUGGGUCCCGGCGAUAUGGAGAUAUUGUUGUCGUAG